CGUGCGCAGCUUCAGUCUGGAGUCGAGACCGCAAUGAAGAGAUAAAUAGAAGCCUUAUCGUUUUAUUUCAGAGUAUUAGGGCUCCCAUUCAUUGCUAAUUGAGAGAGGGCAGCUGACUUGGAAAGCUGCUAAUGCGUCCGUCUGCUCGGUAGGUGAGUGAACGUUGGUGUUCGGUAGCGAAACUGGAAUAUUGUGGAAGAAUGACAUUAAAGGACGGGAGAUGAAAGAGGGGCAUAAUGGAUGAGACCUGUCACUAGCACUUGAUGAAGAUUCCGAUUGACUCCUGAAACUGAACCAUGGAGGGUAGCGAUGAUGUGUCUGUAACCAGGACGCUGUCCCAGACGGACGUGUGCAGCGCUGACGUGGGAGGAGGAGGAGAAAUCCCCAGUAAAGUGGAGGAUGGAGGAAACCCGCUCAGUCCUGCUGAGUCCUGCGGUGGCGGUGGUGGUGGCAGCGGCGGCGGCGGCGGCAGUGCAACAGGACUGAGCAAAGGCGGGCUCUCUAACCGGAUGGAGCCUCCUGCACCGCCAGUUGUGAGCCCCACUGCUGAAUCUCCGGGAGGCGUGGCGCUUAAAGUCGCCACAACCGUGCUGCACCCGGUGUGCCUGGGAGACAGCCCGCUGAUGCUGCCCAUUCACCUCCAGAUGGCCGGGGCAGCCGGAGCGCAGCUCGGCCAAAUGGGGGCAGCACCGUACUUGAUAACAAGCCAGAGCCCUGUUUCACUUCCCCUGGUCCUGGAUCAGCAGGUCCUCCAGCACAUGGGCCCCUCUGUGAUUCCUCAGAGCACUAACUGCCCUCAGCUGCCGCUCCAGAACAACGUCCUGUGUCCCAAUCUGUUUGGUUUGCCUCCAGCGGUGGAGCAGAAGUCAGCAGGACAGACGCAGGACGCUAACCUUCUCUCUCUCCUGCAGAAUCCAGCUUUUGCGGCCAUCCUGCAGGAUCUCUUCCCGUCCCAGGCCGGUUCAUCAACCUGUCAGUCACCGGGCUCCACCUUCUUCCCGCUUCCUCCACUCACAGCUCCCUACAGCUCCCCUCUGGCCCCGUUGGUCCCUCCUGCCACACUGCUAGUCCCCUACCCUGUCAUCAUCCCCCUGCCGGUGCCUCUGCCCGUCCCUCUUCCCAUCCCCAUUCCUGUCCCUCAGGCUGAGGACUCAAAGGGGAACAUGCCAAAACCGGUUUGCACUGUGAGUAAAAGCACUCAAACGUCUCCAAAAGAUACUACCUCUCCUUCGUUGUCUUCACGCAGAUGCAUGCCGUCGUUCCAGCCGCAAAAUGUGUCUCCGUCCUCGCUCCCUGUAGAUGAGGGACAGGCUCUGGACCUUUCUGUCAGAGCACGUCCAGUUGAACUAAAACAGGAGUACCCCAGCCCUCAGCAGGACAGCGUGCUCGACUUGUCAGUGCCCGCUGUGAGGAAAAAGUGCGUUCAGUCCGACAGGGAAGCAGCGUUGCGUUCUGGCCAAGACGCUAGUGGCACGUCUCUGUCUCUGGGUGUUGAAUGCACUCCGAGUUUAGAUUCCAAACUCCUGGGCAGUCUGGCUUCGCUGGAGUUCAGCCGGCAGCACAAGUGGGUGGUUGACAGCAGCGCCGGUGGGUCGAGUUCUCUGAGUCAGCAGGCGUCUCUGAGUGCAGCCGGCAACCUGGAGAUAGUCAGCACCUCGCAGACGGCCAAAGUCAUCGUCUCGGUGAAGGACGCCAUCCCCGCCAUCCUCUGCGGAAAGAUCAAAGGCCUGUCGGGAGUCUCCACCAAGAACUUCUCCAUCAAACGGGACGGCAGCCAGGGGCCGUCUCUGCAGCAGCUCUACGGCGUGCCGUCUGCGUCCCACGGCGAGCAGCACGACCCCAACAACCCGCAUAAGAAGCUCCCUAAGAACAGAGCAAUCAAACUGAAGAAGGUCAGCUCGCAAGAGAUCCAUUUCCUGCCCAUGAAGAAGCAGAGACUUGCAGCGCUGCUCCCCAGGAAGUGAGAGCGCUCGGCCCAGGAGGAUUAAUACUUGGACCGCUCUCUGGUAAUCCCUCCACAGCGUGUAACAUAAAACACUUGUGGGGACAUUUCUGUGAUCAAACUCAUACACUCCAAAUGUUGCAUAAGCUGAGACUCAUGAGUGUCUGACAGCGUGACACCACACCGUAGUUACAGAAAUGUGUUCCGUUCGGAGUUUUCAGACUUGUAUUUUACAUAAUGCACUUCUCUACAGCGUUAUACUCCAGCAGGAACGUUUUUGCAUAUGGCAGCGUAAUGGGCUCUCCGUGUGGCUUUGGAGAUGGUCUUUAUAAAUCAGAGAUGUUGAGGGAACAUUUUUUGACUUUAUAAUUACAGCAAAGACACAUGGGCUCCAUUUUUCCAUUUGGCAUCAUGGUUUGUUUCCAUAUGUAACUUUUAUUGAAGUGCACUGAAGACCUAAAACCAAUCCUGAUAGUUGAGGUUCUCACUGAUCAGAGCAGAGCAGUAUGUACUGGCAGGACGUGGCCGAGACUGUUUAAACGUGUCCCAUGGUCGGAAAUUCCCAUAGUCAUCAGUCGCUCACUGAAGCGAUUCAUUCUCCGAUAGGGGUUUAGCAUGACAGGCUAAUAAUGACUUGGCAAGGCCAGAGCCACGAUUUCAUAAAAAAAAAUAGCCUACAUGUUGGCAACAGCCAUCAGUCGUGACUAAAUACAUUCUUAUUUUGUUUAAGGGCAGGGAAAAAAAGGGACGUCUUAACUGUCUUCACAUUUAAACAGAACUUUGUACAGGCCUGUCCAAAUAUAAGGAAAGUAUUUCUGGAAAAGAGCUAUUUUAGUUGCUGGCUGAAUUAGCCGUUUUUGAUUAGCUGGCAGUGCUUCAAAAUACAAGCCAAUGCAGAGAAAACCCCUCACAGCAAGUGCAUGAAACACUAGAGCCCCCCCCCCCCCUGCUGUUUCCAUUAACAGACUAAUGAAGAGAAUCUAGGUGGAAGUUUUAAUAUUAUUCUCACCAGUGAAACCAACUUAGAAUGUGGAGAGGAGAUGAAGUUGAACAGCCAGAUUAAAGAAGAAAUAAUGAGAUUUUUGGGAUCAGUGAGAGAAAAUACUGUAUAAUUGUGAAGUGUGAUAUUAGUCUGUUGUUAGAAUCAGUACUAGUGAGACCCCCCCCCCCCGUCCCAUUGUUAUGAUCAGAGUUGUGAAAGUGAGAGUAUUGUUGUGUGUCAGUUUAUUUAUCCUCUCGAGUGCACUUUGUCAUAGUUUAGUUGAAGACGUUACUGGGUUUCCCACCUAUUCUACUGUGCUGCCCUUUUGUGAUUAUAGCAUUUAUGGAAUCUGUGAAUUAUAGCAGCCAUAUGCAGACUGUCUGGAUGAACAAAGGAGGGAUGGAAAAUACCUAGAAGCUCUACUUUUGACCUGUUCUUUAUUUAUAUUGAUGUACUCUAGCAAUCCCUGAUCAUCUUACUUUAACUCAUGUCUGCAGUCCUUUCAACAGAGGGCUCUUUGGUUUAGUAGUUUGAACUGAUCACUCUGGUUGUACAGGAUUUCACCCUAAUUUAUUCUUUGUACAACUUUUAUUUAUAGUCUGUAUAUAUGCUGGAUGGUCAGUUAGGAGACAGUGUGACUGGAUAUAAAAAAUAAACCUGCUUCCUUUGUACCUGUCAGUCUCUUGAAGCACUUGUUGCUUCUUAUUUGCAUUAAGAUCAGUGAAGAAACACAGUUAAAUGUUUGCUUACUGUACAGUAUGUGUGCUUUUUAUAUGGAAGUGAACUAAAAUCUCUGAGGUCUGA